AAAAAAAAAAAAAAAAAAUGUGUUUGCGUUUGGCGUGGGUUUGUUUAUUUGUUUUAUUUAUUUUAGUUUAAUACAAUACCAUAACUUGUAAUUGUUACAGUAAAGGUGCAAUACAUUUUAAACGGCAACAGUGUUGCACAGGCGAUACUGUCAGAGGCACAUAGACAGGACGGUGCUGAUCAGCUGCUGUAUAAAGUCACCAUUUAAAGAAAUCUGGAAACAGAGAAGAGGGGACAAGACAUCAGUAGUCGGAGGUUUGAAAACAAGCAGCUGUGAUGUGAAUGGGGUCUUGACACCCCCCACCCCCCACCCCCUCCCCUCUCCAGACCCUACUGUCAAGGUGUCGAGGACGAUUGCAGCUGUCUCAUUCACUGUGCCUGGACAUUGCUACCCACCAGGGUCAGUGACAAAAACCAGAGGAAGUGCCUUCUUUCAGCAGCCUUGGUCAUGCCUCAGCCAGGAAUAUGUAGACAGCGUGCCACCUUUGACCAAUCUACAACUUCCCUGUCAGGCUGCAGGACAGAGAUGGACGUGUGUGAUCAGCCGGAGUUCACCCACAGCUCUCAGGGGGUUGUGCUGAUGUUGGGGUACCCAGGGGCACCCCCGAAGGGCCCUUUCGAGCUGCUGAGUGACCUGGUGGACGAUGGCUUUGGGGAGGAGCAGUGCUGUGAGCGUUGGGAUGUGUCUGCAUUGGAGGACAUUGCUUACACAAAAGGGAGCCUGGAGGGGGAGCUAGGGAGUGGAGAGGAAGUCAUGGGGCGCCGGGGGAUGUCCCACAAACCGGAUAAAACUGCAGAUGGGUUGCUGGACAACCCUGCUGAGAGAGGGUGUGACGCAGAGAUGGAGUUUGGCAGCCUGCAGGAAGGAGAUGGGGCUCAAGAGUCAGGGCCUCGGUACAGGAGGUGGAAAGCUAGACCACAUGAGUCAAAACAGGUGGAAAAACCAAAGGCCCCAAUACAGUCAGCUAGAGGAUGGGAAGAUGUGAGAAGACUGAAGUCUCAGCGUGACUACCAAGAAGAGUCAGGCAGCCAGACGGGGGAGGCUGACUGGGACAGAGAGGCAGGACAGGGGGCCGAGGCCAGCUCUCCAACCACACCACCCUGCACGGCCGUGGUCUCGGAGGCAGCCCUGGAGCUCACCAGUGAGGAGCACAACUACUCCAUGCAGGCAGGGCCAGACUCUGCUUCCAGUGAGGGGUCUGACAGCAAGCUUGGAGGCUCUGAUGAGGAUGAGGAUGAAGAGAGAGAAGAGUCUAGCUCCCCUGAGUCAGGCCCAGAGCUGGAGGAUCAUCCUGCUGGGAGGACAGAGAAACACAGGUGUUUCUGGGAGUACAGCCACGGGUGCGAGUCCGCUAACAAAAGAAAGUGCAGCGAGCCAUCAUCCAGCUGGAGCUGUCAGACACUCCCCAGCAACCUCUACCAGAGAGAGAGUGCCUCGGCUGCAGGCAAUAAUAGGUCAAGGAAAGCUCGGCGGACUGAUGCCAGCGACCUGACCCCCAACCCGCGCAAACUCCUGAGCAUCGGGGAGCAACUGCGCAAGCUGAACCGAGCCAUCGAGGGUAUGAGACCUGCCAACGACCUGCCUGUCACUGCCAGGGCCCGCUCCAGGAAAGAGAAAAACAAGCUGGCCUCAAGGGCUUGUCGACUCAAAAAGAAAGCGCAGCACGAAGCCAACAAGAUCAAGCUGUGGGGGCUGAACCAUGAGCAUGACAGCCUGCUGGGUAUGCUACUGCAGAUCAAGGAGGCCAUCAGGAGGAGAGUGGAGAGCAGGAGUGAGCCGUACCAAAAAGGAAUGAAUGAAAUACUGGAGUGCCUUAUGAAAGAAUUGAGUGGGCCGGAAGUGGCAGGAUGCUCCAAAGAGUUUGUUCAGAGAGUGCUGGAGAGCGCAGCGAGGGGGGAGCCGUUGGGUGGGGGGGUGGUUAAGGGACAGGGGGUCCCCACUGCUGGCUCAAGUCUGAAUGUCCUUUCCAGAGACUGUUAAAGCUGAAUCUACAUCAAGCCCCUUUUGCUGUCUCACUUUAUUUUAUUUGCACUUGUUUACGGAAGAGGAGUUUGUCUGAUCUUAUGGGAGCAUGGACUUGCUGCACCACUAAACAGAAACUUAGUUUAAAAUUAGAUUUCAACAAAAAAGACACUUCAUGCUUGUCUAAUUUUAUAAUCACGUUCCUUUUAGUUUUACUGGCUUUUGCAGGCAAAAUAGACUAAGGGAUUUACCCCAAAGAAACAAAAUCAGCCAGGAGUGGCAUUAUUUCUCUGCUCUUUUUAAAGUUAUCUCCAUUCUGCACACCCCUCUUUGAAUACAUGUGCUCCUACUAAUCCAGAUGUUACAGUUAACCCUGAGCUUCAGCAAACCUUAAUCAGAGUUGUCUACAGAUCUAGGAUAGACAUUUCCAGUUGUUUUUGACACACCUGGAAAAAGAAACUGGUUGUGGCAAGUUUACCGAACCAUGAUCUCAUUCUCUGAAAACUAGCUGCACUCCUGUAUCAAGUACAGCCUCACCAUAUGUACUGUAUGUUGAUAAAGUUCUACUGUACAAAGUCCCCUUCCCUGCGCCCCAGAAAGCACUGGAGGACAUUAAGACGUCCUAUUUAAUUCUGACUCGGUUAUGUUUGCUCAGUUUUGAUGCUGCUGUGGCCCCCACCUUAAAGGAAGUGACGUGCAAAUAUAAAAUCUUAAUUUUAUUAUUCCUAUUUUUUGUGAACGUACUGUAGACCUUGUAGAAUGUAGAUUUUAAUAUUUAUA